CACUCAACAACUAAUUACUCAAAGGUCGAUCUAUCAGCUUCCAGGGCUGCAUUCAAGAAAACAUGAAAGUGAGGACUUGUUUGUGUGCCUGUCAGCUCCGUCCAUCACUACUGUUUUGCUUCGAGAUUUGACGUCUUUUAAAGUUUAACUCUACUUUGAAUCCCCGUAUUUCAUCACUUUCUUCCUCACAAAACGUUGCAGGCGGCAAUCUUUUUUUUUUUUUGCACACGGUGCAAACACUGGUCAGUCACAAGGCUGCAUCCACAACCGCACAGAUGAGAUGACAGACUGCAUUCAGCAUGUGUAACACUUCUUGAGAGGAGGCAAAAAACAUAAAGACCUCAAGAACAAAAGGACAAGGAAUUUCUGGAAGUCUGAUCAUUCUCCCAAAAGCCAGUCAUGUUCAAAAAGAAGGAUCCAGAAAGGUUGAUGCUGGCGUCAGACGUGAGCUCAUACACCUCUAUGGGAAGCCUGCCCGGCCCGGAGGUGUUACAGAUAGACGCCACUAAUGGUGACAUCAAGCAUUGCCAUGACAACAGCCGUGCACAGGAGGACCGAGAACGAGAGAAGAAAGUGGCCAGGAAGAGGUUGUAUUUGGCCUCUGUCAUCUGCCUGAUUUUCAUGAUCGGUGAAAUCAUCGGUGGGCAUUUUGCAGGCAGUCUUGCGGUGAUGACAGAUGCCGCCCAUCUGCUUGUGGACUUGAUCAGCUUCAUCAUCAGCCUGUUGUCCCUCUGGCUCUCGGCCAGGCCAGCCACACACAGGCUCAACUUCGGCUGGCACCGUGCAGAGAUCCUGGGUGCCUUGCUGUCAGUUUUCACCAUCUGGCUGGUAACAGGAGUGUUGGUUUACCUGGCUGUGAAGCGCAUCAUGGACAAUAACUACUCCAUCGAGGGCACUGUCAUGCUCAUUACAUCUGGUUGUGGUGUGUUGGCUAAUAUUGUCAUGGCCCUCGUCCUUCACCAGUCCGGCCAUGGCCACAGUCACGGAGGUCUCAGCUCACACAGCCACAGUCACGGCGGUCCCAACUCAAAGGGACACGGCCACAGUCACAAGAAAGGAAAGGGAAAAGAAAAGGACAAGCUCUCAAACCACUCAAACCACAAUGGCAACCAUGCAGAUGCGGAGCAAGAUCAUGCAGAUCAUGGAGGGGGGGCGAAGCGGGCCAACGCCAGCGUGCGAGCGGCCUUUGUCCACGUGGUGGGGGAUCUUGCCCAGAGCAUCAGCGUGCUAAUCAGCGCCAUCAUUAUCUUUGUCAAGCCAGAAUAUAAGAUUGCUGACCCCAUCUGCACCUUCCUGUUCUCCGUAUUUGUGUUAUUCACCACCGUUACCAUCUUGAGGGAUAUUCUUGUUGUCCUGAUGGAAGGCAGUCCAGCAGGUGUGAAGUACGGCGAGGUGCGGGACGGUCUGCUGGCCGUGAAGGGCGUGACGGCGGUCCACAACCUUCACAUCUGGGCCCUCACCAUGAACCAGCUGCUGCUGACUGCACACGUAGCCAUAGAUGAGACCGUGGACGCUCAGACUGUCCUGAGAGAAAUGACUCAGGCUUGUUACACCUCCAACAACUUCCACUCCAUUACGAUUCAGAUGGAGCGAGAGGCUGACCUGAAGCCUGGCUGCACGCUGUGCGAGGAGCCCAAGAAGUAGGAAGCUGCAUAAAGCAACGCUGUAGCUGCUGUAACCUCUGCUGAGGACAAUAUCUAGAUGAUCCUGGGCCGUGAGAUCUCGUGUUUCUACUGUUACUCUUAUGACUGUGCUCCAAAGUGCCUCCAUGUUAACAUUCCCAAAGAAAUAUGAUAUCAUUAUCAUUUUUAUGAUAUAACUUGAUCAGGUUUUAAAUCACUCUUGUGUGAAGUCCAUAAUUUAUGAAUCUAUAUAACUUUUAUGAUUGAGUAACUUUUCAUUUAAACUUGCACUCGUGAUCAUAAACACAUUUUAACUACCCUAAAAGCAUUCAGACUGAUGUGAAAGUUUGUUUGAGCAUUAACCUGCUGUAUCGACCUGAGACAUGUAAUACAGCCUUUUGGUAUGUAAAUAUAAAUCAAUAAAUAUUUCUAUGCAUUGACUAUUACACCAGCAACCUCAGAUGUACUGUACGUGGAGAGCACAGAGUGCAUUUUAAUACAAAUGUCUUUGAGCUGCUGUUGUACAGAUGUAAGGUGAAAUUAAUUAUUCAAUAAAACAUUCCUUUUUCAAAUGA